AUGACAACAGUCGCUCCACAGUCAUCCUCCGCUAGUAUUUUGAGGACCAUUCAAAUCAAUGUGGAUUAUCGAGACGUCAAUUCCAAAAUUAAAGAUUUCUUAUUACAUUACAAGGCUUCCAAUUAUGAUAACAAUCUUUCGGCAUUCGAGGCCCCAGAAUUGAACCAAAUAGACGACCUAACUUCGAACUUACAGAACGCCGACAUUGGUAAUGGGCCAAAAUAUAUGUACUUGCUACAAAAAAUCGCCAAUAGAGAAAUCACAACCUUAUACAUCGAUUUGGACGAUCUUAAAGCAUACGAAGAAAGCAUUGUAUUCAACAACCUGAGAAAUAGUGCGUCUGGCAGAGGUAGAUCUAACUCGGUGGUCGACUUUAUUUGUGCCAAUACUUUGCGUUAUACUGAAUUAUUUUCCCGAGCCAUUGACGAUAUUAUGCCUGAGCCAACCGUUGAUAUCAGUUAUAAGGAUGAUGUUCUCGAUGUUAUCGUUCGUCAAAGAAAGCUACGUAACUUGAGAUUACAACAAGAAAACCAAGAAGAAUUAAUGAAUACAGGGCUAAUGGGUGAUAUCCAAGGUAACGCCACCACCACUACCAACACUUUGGAAAAUAAUAAUCAAGAAGACUUGUUUCCUGCCUCAUUAACCAGAAGAUAUUGUCUUUAUUUCAGACCGUUGACUGAUCUUUAUCGUGGCAAAGGUAAAGCCUUGGCGGUUAGAGAAGUUAAAGGGGACUUGUUGGGUCAAUUGAUCACCGUUCGUGGGAUUGUUACCAGAGUUUCUGAUGUCAAGCCACUUAUUCAAGUCAAUGCGUAUACUUGUGACAAGUGUGGGUUUGAAAUUUUCCAAGAAGUCAACUCCAAAACUUUCACUCCAUUAUCAGAAUGUACUUCUGAAGAAUGUGUCAAGAAUCAAUCUAAGGGUCAAUUGUUUAUGAGCACUCGUGCUUGUAAAUUCCUGGCUUUCCAAGACGUUAGAAUUCAAGAAUUGGCAAACCAAGUCCCAGUGGGUCACAUUCCCCGUAGUUUGGAUAUCCAUAUCAAUGGCGAUUUGGUCCGUACGGUAAAUCCUGGUGAUACCGUUGAUAUCACUGGUAUUUUCUUACCAAGUCCAUACACUGGUUUCCAAGCGUUGCGUGCUGGUUUGUUGACCGAUACUUAUUUAGAAGCUCAAUUUAUUAGACAGCACAAGAAGUCUUAUCAAAGUUUGAAUAUGGAUAUUGAUGUCGAAAUCAAAUUAGAUGCUAUUCGUGCUGAAGGUAACUUGUAUGAAAGAUUAUCAAAAAGUAUUGCCCCAGAAAUCUUUGGUCAUGACGAUGUCAAAAAAGCAUUAUUACUCUUGCUUAUUGGUGGGGUCACCAAAGAAAUGAAGGACGGUAUGAAAAUUAGAGGUGACAUCAACAUUUGUUUGAUGGGUGAUCCCGGGGUGGCCAAAUCUCAAUUAUUGAAAAGUAUGUCCAAGAUCGCCCCAAGAGCGGUUUACACCACCGGUAGAGGUUCUUCCGGAGUUGGUUUGACUGCCGCAGUUAUGAGAGACCCAGUGACUGACGAAAUGGUUCUUGAAGGUGGUGCCCUCGUGUUGGCGGAUAAUGGUAUCUGUUGUAUUGAUGAAUUCGAUAAAAUGGAUGAUAAUGAUCGUACUGCGAUCCAUGAAGUCAUGGAACAGCAAACCAUUAGUAUAUCUAAGGCUGGUAUCAACACCACUCUUAAUGCUAGAUCAUCUAUUCUAGCUGCCGCUAACCCUGUGUACGGCCGUUACAAUCCAAAACUUUCACCUUUAGAAAACAUCAAUUUACCAGCAGCAUUACUUUCCAGAUUCGAUGUAUUAUUCUUGUUGCUUGAUACCCCAUCCAAAGAAAAUGAUGCCAGAUUAGCCCAGCAUGUGGCGUUUGUGCAUAUGAAUAAUCGUCCACCAGCCUUAGAUUUCGAACCGGUCGAUGCCACCACUAUCCGUCAAUUCAUUUCCAAGGCUAGAUCAUACAAGCCAGUGGUUCCAAAAGAAGUUGGGGAAUUCGUCGUCAACUCUUAUAUCAAGAUGCGUCAAGAAUCCAAAUCUACCGAAGGUUCCAUCAAACAAUUCUCCCAUACUACACCACGUACCUUUUUGGCAAUUAUGAGAAUGUCACAGGCUUUGGCACGUCUUAGAUUUGAUGAGGAAGUUAAGAUUGAAGACGUUGAGGAAGCACUUAGAUUGAUCGAAGUUUCAAAGAGUAGUUUGUAUCGUGACGAAGACGCCGAAACAGAAAGACAAGAUGCUAGUGCCACUACCAAGAUCUACCAGAUCAUCAGAGAAGCCGCUAUUUAUGCUAAACAGAGUGAUGAAAUGGAAAAUGGUAGACCAGUUUUGGAAAUGCACCACCUUAGAGCCAACGUCAUUGCUAGAGGGUUUACUCAACACCAAUUCAACGAUUGUAUUAAUGAAUAUGCAUUCUUGAACAUUUGGUUCUUGAAUGAUGAUAAGUCCAAAUUAUACUUUGUCGAUAGUGUUGAAGAAGAUCUUUGA